CACGGUUUAUUUUUAUCCUCUUCUUAUGCUUACGAGAUAAAGUUUUUUUCGUUGGGAAAAUAUUUGCAGAGCCGUGCAAAUUUCUAAAAAAAAAAAAGAAAAAUAAACGCAUGGCUAUAUAUGCAAAUAUAACGUAAGCGUUAAUUACGUAAGAGCCGAGAUAUAAAGGCGCGGCUUCUUUUUAUCCGAUGAAAAGAAGAUGAUUAAGCCUCCGAUGGCAAAGUGCCAAACAGUUCUCCGCGAACGAUGAAAAGAAAACGAUAGGAUCACGGGUGGUAUCGGGCAGCCGGCUUGUCAAAGCCAUGGCGCUUUAAUUUCUUUAAAUCGGAGCAGAACGCCAGAAAUUGAUAUCCCCCCGUUACACUGUUCAUCGAUCCGACCAAUUCCCUUUACAACCUGUCUCUUAUUGAAUUUACCAAUGGCUACAGAUAAAAAUAAAAACUGAAAGGAAACAGAGAGGAUAUAUAUAAUAAACUUAUUAUCAAUCUGCUCGCUCCAAGAAAAAAAGAAAAUCUCUUCGUCAAGUUUAUUAUUCAUUCGAGGAAGGAAUUUCGCUUUUAAAGCAAAAACUUUGGAGCAGCUCGAAUUGGAAAUAAAUUGGUUAACCGGACUGUACUUUGGAGAGGAGAGGAAAGAAAAAGAUAAUCUGACGAGCCGAGGAAGAGAUGUGAAACAUGAAACUUGGCCGGAUUCCUCGAGUCGGAAAAUAAAAAGAAAUAGAGAUAAAAUUCAAUUUGCCAGGCGGCAGGCAGAUCGCUUAACGAGGUAAUAAAUAUCUGUGUCCAGGGAAAGAAGGCGAAUCGUUGGGAUCCGGUGCCCGAUGCUGGCGGCGUUGGGGCUGCUCCUGGUGUUGACGGACGCCGGGGCUGUUCACCAACGAUCGAACCUUCUCCCGUCCCACGCGAACACGUCGUUCCCCGGGACCGCGUCUGAUCGCGGUAUUUCAGUCACCAGGAUCCUUCGAGACGGCCAACUCGAACGUGCGAUCCGGUUUCCUGGAAUUUGCGCCAAGGAGACCAUCGUCAAUUGGGGAUACACGGACGUGGCGUUGAGACAAGUCUGGAUACAGAAGACGGGAAGAAAAUUGCAAUUGAUAUACGAGGGUGGCACGUUGACCGACUGCAUGGACGAUAUACUCACCGAUAGCGACGAGAGAUCCUGCACGUCAAGCGCACGUUUGGACGACGAUCACGACGACCAGAUAUCCGUGGAAUUGUUCGAGGUGGACGGGCUGGAGGAGGAUCCGUCGAGGAUCCCCCAGGAUCUGUCCUGGCUCUCCUCCGUGUCCAACUUACGUCAUCGAUGUACCCACGUAAGGAACAGGGCGCGAAAUCAACUGAUCUCUCAGCACCUGCGAAGGAAAUAUUCAAAGCUUUUAAAUGGAACGAAUAGCGGCCACCGUCAGAGACGAGGCAAAAGCCGCUCGCGAAGAGACUUGUUGAUGAUCCCAGGGACACAAUGGUGCGGUCGUGGCCAUCGGGCCACGAAAUAUACGAACUUGGGCGGUUUUGGCACAGCGGAUGCUUGCUGUCGAAGACACGACACUGCGUGUCCCUUUUUCAUCCCUGCUUUCGAGACACGCUACGGUUUCUUCAACUGGGGUAUCUCGAGCAUGAUGCAUUGUGCCUGCGAUGAACGAUUUCGAACGUGUUUGAAGAUGGCGGGCACAGCAUCGGCAAAUUUUAUCGGCAAGAUUUUCUUCGAUGUUUUAAGAACGAAAUGUUUCAUAUUGAAACCGCAAAAGGUUUGUACGAAAUGGUCCUGGACGGGCAAAUGCCAGCAUUACGAAUAUCGAAAGCAGGCUCAUGUUCGCGAUAAUGUUCCUUAUCACUAAUAAAAUGGAAAAGUAGGGGAUAUGUUUGGGGAUAUUCUUUUUCUAGAAAUGUCAAUACCAAUUCUCAGGGAUGUAAUAGUUUAUCGAAAGCGUUCGAUCUGAUGACAUUAAAGGCAUGCAGGACAACGGAUCAAA